UCACAAUAAAAAAUUCUUUUGUGACGUAAAUAUUUUAUAAAAUUAUAUCGAUUCGAUUAGAAAGUUAAUCUGUCAUUUUAUACGAUAGGCAAAACAAUUAUGAAUAUUUGUCUUUAAAAUUAACCGAUAUAUUAAUAUUUUUGAAUAAUUUAUAUUAUAUAAUUGAAAUGAAAAAUGAAAAAUGAAAAAUGAAAAUAUAUAGCAAAAAAGAAUAAUUAUAUUUAUGUAAUAAAUAGAAAAGAUUGCGCAAUAACACAUAUUCAUUUAAUCAAUUCCCAAUAGUGUUCUAAUUAAAUUUCUUUUAAAUUGUAUUUUAUGAAAAAUAGUUGAUUAUUUGGUUUACGGUGUUAAUUAUAUAUACAGAUGAAUCCUCUUAUAAAUCGUACAAUUUUUUUUAGUGGACGACAUUCAUUUGGUUAUUUUAUAAGACAAUUUCGAAUAUCAUCUCAAAACAUGGUUACCGUAGGUGAAAAAAUACCCACAAUUGAUCUUUUUGAAGAUUCUCCAACAAAUAAAGUGAAUCUUGCUAAAAUUUCAAAUGGAAAAAAAAUUAUAGUUUUUGGAGUACCAGGAGCUUUUACACCAGGAUGUUCAAAGACACAUCUUCCUGGUUAUAUACAAAAAGCUUCAGAUUUAAAAUCUAAAGGAAUUUCAGAAAUUUUUUGUAUUUCUGUAAAUGACCCAUUUGUAAUGGCAGCAUGGGGUAAAGCACAAGGAGCAGAAGGCAAGGUACGUAUGUUGGCAGAUCCUGCAGCUCAAUUUACAGAUGCAUUAGAAUUAUCUGUAGAUUUACCAGUUCUGGGUGGAAAAAGAAGUAAACGAUACUCAAUGGUUCUUGAUAAUGGAAUAAUUACAGAAUUAAAUAUUGAACCUGAUAAUACAGGUCUUUCUUGUUCUUUGGUCGAAAAUAUUAAAGUAUAAAAUGCAUGUUAUUGAAUAUUAUAUAACAAACUUAAAAGAUUGUAAAUUGACUUUAAUCUUUAAUAUUUACUCUUUAUGUUUAUUUAAAAAAAAAUUGUAGCAUUAUAAUUUACAAUAAAAUAUUAUAUCUUAAAAAUUUUA